UGAUGAGAUGUGCUCGUUUCAGUUACUCCAGGCAGCACGCCCGCGGCGUAUCCCGGUUUGACCAGGUCGGCCUCCGGGAUCGGAGUCGGAUAGCAGUUUAUCUCUUCGGACAGGGGUUGAGCCCCGCGAACCGGGAAGUUUGGAGAUACGGCCCUGGAACUAUUGCAGUGAACGUUCGUCACUUGUACCCGUAGGAGCGUGUAUAAGACUAGAGUGCCUCGUGUUUACGGGCACUGGGCACAGCAUCGAAGACUGUGAUAGCAGUCUUCCGAGGGACAAGUUGGGGCUCAGGCAUCAACUCCGAUUUCUCACUAUUCCUCAUGGAGCAGUUGAAGCCUAAAACCCAUCAACUUCGGUAUCUCCAUCCCUCGUUAUCAAUCGGGAGGGACGCGGUAAGGAUAGCACCGAGCCUAGUCGAUAAAAUCCCCAGCGGGCGAGCCUAUCAAGUGCGCAACAGGCCAUUGUCAUGCGUCAACUCCUCUUUCCCUCCUCUUCCUCCUCACGCGGUCGGAACGGUGGUGAUUUCGGGUGUUCCCCGCAGAGACGCCUCGCCCGUUAGCCGGGAGGCGCCUUUUAAAAGCCCUCCCCCUUCAAGCCCACAACCCCCUCGGCGGUCGCCACCGAUUUGCCCGCGAUGACGUAGAAACCACCUACCUGCCUUCGCUUGCCCGUCCCCCCUCUCUUCCCGCCAUACCAAAGAGCUAUCUGUGACGAUGGGGCCCGCCUCGAACGAACCUCAGAGGAUUGCCGGCCUGCCGGUGCCCGACCCGUGCCUGUCGUUCUGGCAGCAGACGACGCGGUCGCACCCGAUCCUGCACAGCAACCAGGACGCGCCGGUGCCGGCAGAGGCGGAAUUCGUCAUCAUCGGGUCCGGCCUCUCGGGGGCCCUAACGACCUUCGAGCUAGUCGCGGCGGGCGUGCCGCCGAGCGACAUCGUCAUCUUCGAGGCGAGGGAGGCCGCUAGCGGGGCAACCUCGCGAAACGCGGGCCACGUGCGACCGGAUGCGUUCCGCGGGUUCCAGAUGUACGAGCAGCUGCACGGCCGCGAGCAGGCGCUCAAGGUCAUCGCGAACGAGAAGCUGGUGUUCGAGAAGGUGGGCGAGUUCGUGCGGGAGCACGGCGUGCCGUGCGACUUCAAUCCCACGACCACCUUUGACGUGUGCAUGACGCCGGAGUUCGCCGACUUCAACGCGCAGAGCCUCGCGCGGUACCGGGCGGCGGGCGGUGACGUCUCGCACGUCAGGUUCUACGCGGGCGACGCGGCGCGGGAGGCGACCCGCGUCGCCGGCGCGGUCGCGGCGUACGAGUGGCCGGCCGGGUCGGUCCACCCGGCGCGGCUGGCGCAGUGGCUGCUGGCGCGGUCGCUCGACAGGGGGGUCCGGCUGUUCACGCACUGCCCGGCGACGGGGCUCGCGGAGUCGCAGACGGCGGCGGCGGCGGCGGGCGGGAAGCGCUGGGAGGUGGCGACGCCGCGGGGCACGACGGCGGCGGCGGCGGUGGUCCACUGCACGAACGCGUUCGCGCCGCACCUGGUGCCGGCGCUGGCGCGCUUCGUGACGCCGAACCGGGCGCAGGCGCACGCGUUCGUGCCGCCGCCGGCGCUGUCGGCGACCGGCCGCCUGCGCAGCACCAUGUCGCUGCGCCACUCGCUGAAGCACUUCUACUCGGUGGCGCAGCGCGCGGCGGACGGGAUCGUCAUCCUCGGCGCGCCGAUCGCGAACCCGCGCGCGAGCCCCGAGGCGCAAGCGGCCCGCCUCGUCCCUGACGACAGCUUCGUCAGCGCCGAGGUCCGCGACGACACCCUGGCCCACUUCGCCGCCUGCUUCCCCGCCUGCGACCCCGCCCGCCUGCGCCUCGGCGAGGGCCUCCUCCACGCCUGGGCCGGCAUCGUCGCCAUGACUCCCGACUCCGUCCCGCUCGUCGGCCCCGUCCCCGGCCGCGACGGCCAGUGGAUCUGUGCCGGGUUUAACGGUCAUGGCAUGGCGAGGAUCUUCACGUGCGCGCCGGGCGUGGCAAAGCUCAUCCUCGGCGGCACUUGGGAGGACACCGGCCUGCCCGAAUGCUUCCAGAUGACGGAGGAGCGCUUGGAGAGAGCGAAGGCCGGUUCGUGACGGGGGAUGGUCGGAUGGGAGGGUCCUAGGCGGCCUGCAGUCGGAGGAAACGUUCCGGGGGGUUUACCCCCUAUAUGCGCAGCGGAUCGUCUUCAGGACGGCAUUCCCGUAUAGCUCUAAACGGGUUACCCGCGUAUAGGUGCACAAACAAGCUAUUGAACUAUCGGAGUUGAAUGAACCUGCGUCGGCCACGAGCAGGUGCCGUCAGCACAUACCGUGCGAGCGCGGGCGGGACACAUUCUUCUAUCACCGUUUAUUUCUCGUCUUCGUCCUAGCGUCAGAUGACUUAGCUCAGCCUACCUAGGUAUUCCUAA